AUGGGUGAUCGAUACCGUAGCGCACAAUCUCCACGCGAUAACAAUGGAAGUAUGACGGAUGAUCGCUUUAAUAAACUCGUGACGGAGACGAGCAAGGGCAUUUCAUCCUUCAAUCAGCUCACACGCAGUAUCGCGCAGAAGAUGUCACUCUUCGGUACACCCCAAGACUCACGUGCUAAUCAUGUCCAGAUCAAGGAAAUUACCGAAAAGGGUAAUAAACUUGUCACUAAGAUAAAUCGUCGUUUACAAGAACUAAAUCGUGGAGCCAAAGGCGCGUCAGGUCGCACACGACGCACGCAAGUUAACAAACUUUCAGCUGAUUUUAAGACCCAAGUGCGUGUUUUUGAAGAAACAUGCGAGCGGCUGCUUCAGUCGGAACGACAGUCGGUUGAAUUCAUUCGCCGUUCGUCACAGAGCUUUAAUAGCAGCGACAAACAGCAAUCACGCGGUGGCGCAGCAUUUACUAAUUACAGUGAAGACCAAAUUUAUGCGCAAGCUAAUGUUAUAAUCUACGAUGAAGACGAUAUGCAGCGGAGAGAAGACGAUAUCAUUCAAAUUAACAAUCAGUUACGGGAAGUAAAUGCAGCGUUUACAGAGAUUGACGGUCUUGUGCAGGAUCAGGGAGAAUUGGUAGUCGAAAUUGUGGAUAAUACGGAAACAGCCAAGGACAAUGUCGAGAAAGCGCUGGAGCAAGUGCGACAGGCAGAACAACGCAAAAAGUGUUGUGCAUGUUCACGUCUCCAGCUCUUUGGUGUUGCUUUAUUGAUGCUACUCAUCUUCGUCGCGGUAAUAGGAGUUCUUGCGACUGCUAAGUAA